UAUCCGAUAGGAGUUGACAAGCGACUGCUUGUAUCUAGCUUGCAUCAGUAUGGAUUAUCCUCCUAACGUUACUGGAACACCGUAUGUCGGAUAUACUGACAAGAACACUGGAUACACUGGAUCAUCGUCUAACUCAGACUACGGAUCAACUGUGAUGGCACUAGGUGCCUCUCCGAGUGUUAAUGCAGACGUUGACACAAACUCAGUGAUGCUCAUUAACGACGCUAAAUUAACAAAACACAGUAGUUCUACUACCUCCGCAAAUGUGCGAGGCAACAAAAUUCAGAAAAGACUGCGGAAGUUCGUCGAGUCGCUUCCAGUGAGAGUUUUGACAAUUUUGGUGCUUAUUGCUGAUGUUGUGUUGACGAUUGUUGGACUUGCAACAGGCAACGACGAUAAAACGCCAUAUGUUGUUGUAUCAGUUGUGUUUGUUGCCUACUUUGCUGUGGAAGUUUCCUUGAGGAUAUUUGGCAGAGGUAAAGAGUUUUUCACGAAGUGGUACGAAGUGUUGGAUCUUGCGGUCAUUGUUAUAUCUGCUAUCCUCACAGUUGUUUAUGUAAUAGAGCUGCGACAACAUAGCUAUUUAAAGCUGGUCAUCCUUGCAAGAUGCAUUCGCUUCCUGUUGUGGUUUCGCUUUCUCUUUGAACACAAACUGGUCACUCAGGCUUCAAGACAUAUGGUGUCUCAAAAUAAACGUCGCUUCCAAGAGGAUGGAUUUGAUCUUGAUCUAACAUAUGUCACAAAGAGAGUGAUUGCAAUGUCUUUUCCUUCAUCUGGCAAACAAGGCCUAUAUCGAAAUCCCAUCAAGGAAGUAGCUCGACUGUUAGACACUAGACAUUUUGAUAGCUACAAAGUUUACAACUUGUGCAGUGAAAAAUGUUAUGAUACAUCUUAUUUUCAUGGUCGAGUGCUAAGAAUUAGAAUUGAUGACCACACUGUACCACCUCUCAUGGAUAUUGUAAGCUUCUGUGAUGAUGUGAAAGAGUGGAUGGAAGCUAAUCCAGAAAAUGUCAUUGCAGUUCAUUGCAAAGGUGGCAAAGGUCGGACAGGUUUAAUGAUUUCUGCAUGGCUUGUUUGUGCUGGUCUAUUUGAUGAAGCAAAGGACAGUUUGAAGUACUUUGGCUCAAGACGUACAGACUUAUCUGAAGGAUCAAAGUUUCAAGGUGUCGAAACACCUAGUCAGAGUCGAUACGUUGGUUACUAUGAACUGAUUCUCCAGAGAGGCGGUCUGCUUCCAGAGCGAGUGCCAAAGAGAAUCAAGUCUAUACAAAUUGAUGGAACAAAGGGUAUAGGCAAGGGCAAUGGAUAUGAUUUGACUUUGCAUCUUCUGUGUGACAAGCUACUAGUGUUUGAAUUGCCACUCUGUCCUGGUUCAAACACUCAAAGCCAGUAUAGCAUCGAAAACAAUCGCCUCAGUGUGGAGCUGAUAGGUACAAUCUGUCCUAGGUUUGCAGGAGAUGUAGCUAUAAAAGUUCACUGUUCUUCGAAGGUGAAAUUGAAGAAACUUUAUGGUGAUUGUCUAUUUUUCUUUCAUUUUCAUACAGGAUUUAUUGAAGACAACAGACUCCACCUGAAGCGCUGUCAUCUGGAUAACCCCCACAAAAGCAAAACACAUCAUGUCUUCAGAGAAAAUUUUGCUGUCACCGUCUUGUUUACUGAUGUGUAUUAGUCUGCAGACUUCGUGGGAGUAAUAAUGCUAACCAUGUUACUAUUUGUUUGUAAAGGUUUGUAUUAACAUACAUUUUGAUAUUGAUAAUGUAUAUUUUCAUAUUAAGUUGAACACUGAGAUGCCUUCUACUAUUAGCUGGGAUGACACACUACUGAUUUCUUGCUUUUGUACCUAUAAAUUACCUAAGUCAAAAUUAAAACUUACUGCAGA